UCUUUCAGUUUAUGAUAGACCACCUCAUGCGAACAAAACAGCAUUAUCGCAUCGUAAAAGUGAAUCCAUAUUAUUGUUAUAAAACCUCUUUAUAUAAUAACAUCUACAGGAUAACAUUACAAUUAUAAUUCAUGAUAUCAACUUGGCCGUAGCGGCAAUUCCGGUCUCAAUUUAGAUAAAGAUUAUAUAGUGGUAACAGUACAGAUAAAGUAUUUUAUUGUAGGCAAUUCAUAGAAAAGACGUGGUGGCUUAAUUCCGAGGACAUUUCUUUGUUGUGUGUGACACUUAGUGCUUCGGUUGCUUCUCCGCUGCAACAUGCCAAAGGACUUGGUUAAUAACAAGGGUGGCGGCACUACUGGCCUGUCUUGGAUUUGUCCUAGUUUAAAAUGCAUGCAACCUCGUUCAAAAACAUCACUCAAUCCGAAGAUCCGCGAAGAAUGCGAGGUCUUUCACCUCACGGAUAAACAGAUCAGGGAGAUAAUGAGCAGACUACACAACGACCUGCUCAAAGGACUGGGCAAAGACAGCCACGCCACAUCGAUCGUCAAGUGUUGGAUAACAUAUAUACAGGAUUUACCAAAUGGCAAAGAAAGAGGUAAAUUUUUGGCGUUAGAUUUAGGAGGUACAAAUUUUAGAGUUUUAAUUAUAAAUCUCGGAGAGAACCAUUUUGAUAUGCAGUCGAAGAUUUACGCCAUCCCCAACCACAUUAUGACCGGUACUGGAGUGGCGCUAUUUGAUCACAUCGCAGAAUGUCUGGCUAAUUUUAUGAAGGAACACAACGUGUACGAGGAACGUCUAGCCCUGGGAUUCACAUUCAGCUUCCCGCUAAAACAACUAGGGCUUACUAAAGGCAUCCUACAGCGUUGGACCAAAGGUUUCUCCUGCAGCGGUGUGGUCGGCGAAGAUGUUGUCCAGGGACUUAAAGACGCCAUAGCGAGACGAGGGGACCUUAAGUUGUCCGUGAUGGGCAUUCUUAACGAUGCAAGCGGGGCUCUUAUGUCGUGCGCACAUAAGGACCCCUAUUGUCGCAUAGGAAUUAUAAUUGGUACUGGAAGUAAUGCAUGCUACGUUGAGAAGACGGAGAAUUGCGAGAUGUUUGACGGCGAGCCGGGCAAGUCGGAGUUGCUUAUCAAUACAGAGUGGGGCGCGUUCGGUGACGACGGCACUCUUGACUUCGUACGCACGGAGUUCGACAGAGAUGUUGAUGUUAACUCCAUUAACCCAGGAAAACAAAUCCAAGAGAAGAUGAUAUCUGGCAUGUACAUGGGCGAGCUGGUCAGAUUGGCACUAGUGAAGUUCACACGCAUGGGUCUACUGUUCGGGGGACACGGCUCUGAUCUACUGUUCGAGAGGGGCAGCUUCUACACUAAAUAUGUGUCAGAAAUUGAAUCCGACAAGUUGGGAGACUACACUAGCUGUAUGGAGGUGCUCGAAGAACUAGGUCUGUCGCACGCGACGGAGGCGGACAUGGCGGGCGUGCGACACGUGUGCGAGAGCGUGUCGCGGCGCGCGGCGCACCUCGUGUCCGCGGGCAUCGCCACGCUGCUCAACAAGAUGGCGGAGCCGCGCGUCACUGUCGGCAUCGACGGCUCCGUGUACCGCUUCCAUCCGCACUUCCACACGCUCAUGUGCGACAAGAUCGCGCAGCUCGUCAGCCCCGGCAUACACUUCGACUUGAUGUUGUCAGAAGAUGGUAGCGGUCGUGGCGCUGCGCUGGUCGCCGCCGUCGCCUGUCGUCAGAGUCUCGGCGUCGCGUAACACUCUCACAUCUCACAAUGUACCAUCAGCCGCCAUUCACCAUCACCUGCCACCACUGGCAUACCAUACCCACACAGCGCCUGCCCUAAACUUGUGCCUAAGUAAAGCAAGAUUAUAUUUUGUAUCUUUUUUAAUAUAGAAAACAGUAAAAAUGGCGCUGAAACAAUCUAGCUUGCCUCUUGCCUUGUACUAGGGCUAACGAAUGUUACAACUAGCUGAUACAUACACAAUUUUA